UUGCCCUUGCCUUCGCUCAAACAACACCUCGUACUACUCCUGACCCAUCUUUGCCACCCUCGUCGCAGAAGGUCAAGAUGUCGAGGGUAUCUUCGAGCAGCAUCGCUGCUCUGCUGGAAAAGAUGAAGUCACAGGACGCAGACUUCCGGUUCAUGGCCCUCAAUGAUCUCAUCAGUGAUGCUCGCAGGGAUUCUUUCGCAAUGGACGAUGACAUUGAGUCCAAAGUCGUCUCAAGGGUCCUCGAGCUGCUUAAGGACCCUAACGGCGAAGUCAAGAAUAUGGCAGUGCGCUGCCUCGGGAUGCUGGUACGCCGGGUGAGAGAGAGGCAGAUGCAGGUUGUGAUAGACUAUCUCGUAGUUUGCAUCUCCUCGAAAGAGGAAGAAGUACGAGACAUUGCUGCUCUUGGGCUCAAGACCGUCAUUGCCGAGAUGCCUUCGCAUUCGAAUCUAGCUCGCUCUGCGACCACUACACUAGCUCCGAAGCUAUUGGCUGAGGUCAAAUCCCCCGCUGCGUCACAAGAGCUUCUCAUCGAUUCUCUGGACGUUCUAGCGGAGAUCUUCACUCGCUUUUCGUCUACAAUUCUGGAAAAUUCUCAACUCCAAAAGCUCGGCCUGCAGAGCUUGCUCCCUCUACUGGAACAUAGUCGAGUGGCUGUCCGCAAAAGGGCAACCCUGGCGCUCAGCGUCCUUGCUGCCAACUCCUCUUCCGAGACCUUUACUCAGCUGUCAACGACCGCCUCUACAAGCCUGAGCAGCUCCGACGUAGACAAGAGGAAGACGAGCGUACAGCUGAUUGGCGCUCUGGCUCGGUCAAGUCCGCGAAGGGUGGGCCGCAGAUUGCCAGAAUUCAUGCCCAAGAUCAUCGAAGCUGCUGGGACGGACGAUGACGAGCUGCGAGAGACCACACUGCAGACUAUGGAGCUGGCCCUCCUGCGCUGUCCAAUGGAAGUAACGCCAUUCCUCACUUCAGUAGUAGGCACAGCUGUAGAGUCCAUCAAGCACGAUCCAAAUUACGCUGGCGGCGACGAUUCGGAUGAGGAGAUGACAGACGACUUCGAAGAAGAUGACGACGAUCUGGAAGGAGACGAAGACUACUCUGACGAUGAUGACAUGUCCUGGAAAGUGCGCCGUGCUGCUGCAAAAACGCUCCAGGCCGCCAUCAAUACACGGCACGAGCUACUGGCCACCUUCCUUACGAGAGUAGCCCCAGUCCUCGUCAGUCGCUUCUCAGAAAGGGAGGAAAGCGUUCGUCUGGAAGUGCUACAGACCUUCCUAGCCCUCUUGCGGCAGAUACAGCUCUUUGUAGGUCUGCCCCAAGCGACCGAGGUGCGACCGCAAUCGCCAGGCGCAUUGAAGAGGAAGCGCGACAACCUCGAUGCUGAGGAAGGAUCAAGCCCUCAAAUGCAGCUCCGUGCCCUUGUUCCCGUGAUUUCCAAGGCUCUGUUGAAAGAGCUUCCUUCAAAAUCAUCGGGCACCCGCCUAAUCAGCACGAGCGUCUUCAAGGAGCUGGUAGUUGUGUUGCAAGGUGGCCUCGAUGCUCAGAUUCCGUCCAUCGUGGCUCAGAUCAACAAGGCUCUCAAAACAGCUGAAACUGCUACUGGCGCUGGCUCGUCCCUAAAAUCAGAGAUCAUUUCGUUCCUGCGGGUGCUCUUCGUUGCUCACAACUCCCGGAGCUAUCAGGACCAGCUUCCCACUGUCAUACCAAUCCUCGCCGGUGCUAUCACUGGCAGAGCGCAUCGAGAUUCAGUUGAGGCCCUCGAAGCAAGCUCCGAUAUGAUAGCAGCGAUCUACAAGCAGGAUGCGUCCAGCCUCGAGACGAGUCUUCUCAUCUCUCUGUACGAUGCUGUCGUCAGUCGUCUCAAAGGGCAAGACUCCGAUCAGGAGUUGCGAGAAAAGGCCGUUGCUUGCCUUGGAAUGCUGUUGUCAUCUGCCGGCGCAGCUCUAGGUAGCAAGCUGGAUGAGUGCCUUCCAUUGUUGGUCGAUCGCCUCAAGAACGAGGUAACUCGUUUUGCAACCGUGAAGGUGGUAGCCCAGAUCGCGUCCUCGCCUGCUUGUCAGGGACCAGCCUUUGGCGCCUUCUUCCAAUCAUGCACUGACGAGGUGACAGUUCUCCUUCGUCAGAGCAGCCGACCGCUCAAGCUUGCAGCCUUCGAGGCACUCGAAGCUCUUCUCAUACGGCUAGGUACCGAGCUGCAGGGAAAUACCGGCAAUGCUAUUGUCAUGCAGAUAGCGCCACUCCUAGCCGAGGAUGCAGACCUUAGUCUCUUGCCGCAAGCGCUGGCCAAGCCUGAAGUCCUGCCUUCAGCUACGGAUGCCUUCUUGUCCCACCUGAGCUUCCUGCUGGCAGAGCCUCUUGUGCAAGGGACCACGCUCGAUGCCAUUGUUGACUUCAUCCAGGUCACUGUUACUGUCGAAGGGCAACGUGCUCUCGAGAUCCUACACGCCUUGACAGCCACACUUGAUCACUCUACCGGCUCACACGCGUACUCGAAUGCUGCCCGAUGCGUAGGCGGUAUCGCCAAUGCUGCGCCAAGUAACAUCGAAGCGAUCAUCAGCGGAGCUGGACAAGCUCUCAAGGCUGCGUCGCAGGGCAAGGAAGCUGCCACGGCGUUCAAUCUUUUGAUUUUGGGUGAAGUUGGUCGCCUCGAGGACUUCAUGAAGCACCCUGAUCUUGUGAAAAAAGUCUACGACGCUUUUGAGAGUCCAAUCAACGAGGUUCGUAGCUCCGCUGCAUUUGCUCUGGGCAAUAUGGCCGUCGGCAACGAGGCAGCGUUCUUGCCUGUCAUCCGCGGACACAUCGAAAACGUUGAUAAGCAUAGCCUCUUGGCGCUCGCAGCUCUCAAGGAGCUGAUCACCCAUGGAUCUACGGAGCAAUUGACAGUCCUUGCUGAACAGAUCUGGGUGCCACUGUUUGGCAUUUGUCAGACAAAGGACGAGGCUACUCGAAGUAUCGGUGCAGAGUGCCUGGCGCGCUUGACCCUUACCGAUCCGGCCAAGUACCUGGUCCAAUUGCAAGGCCGUCUACGGGACCCUUCGGCUUCUACCAGAGCAGCAGUCAUCGCGGCUAUCCGCUUUUCUCUCACAGAGGCGUCACCAGUCUACAAUGAGCUGCUCGGCCCCUCCAUCGUCGAUUUCCUGUGCUUGUUGAAGGACCCUGAUCUCGAUGUCCGCCGACACGCCAUGUUCGCCUUCAACUCGGCAGCCCACAACAAGCCUCAGCUUAUCAGAGAGCACCUGAGUACCUUGUUGCCUCUUUUAUACCAAGAGACGCACGUCCGUCAGGAGCUUCUGCGCAAGGUCACCAUGGGACCAUUUACUGUCAUCCAGGACGAUGGCUUGGACCUGCGCAAGAACGCCUAUGAGACAAUGUACACUCUGCUGGAUACCUGCCUCACGCAGAUCAAUGUAUCCGAGUACCUCAACCGAGUCAUCGCUGGUUUGCGUGACGACGAUCAGGUGAAGCUGCUUUGCUAUCUAAUCCUGGUUCGUCUGACCGACCUGGCUCCACUGCAAGUAUCCCAGGCCCUCGACGAGAUUUCCGACCCUAUCAACGAGUCUCUCAAGGUCAAGCUGAAGGACGGCUCUACCAAGCAGGAUGUAGAGAAGUCGGCAGAGCUCACCAGGGCCGCCUUCCGUGCGCUCAUUGCACUGCAGAGACUUCUUGCUGGCGGUUCACAAGGAGGUGCGGCCAUGGGUGCUCCCAGGUUCCAGCAGCUGCUCAAGGAGGCAAAGGGUGGGCCUUCGGCUGGGCUCUUUCGGGAGGCCGAGGCGGCGGCGGCUAGUCAGCAGAGGAUCUAA